AUGACGACUAACUUAGCAGAUCUGCAAAAUGAGAUUUACUCUUACGAUUUAUGGCGUCAGCAAUCAAUUACAUCUGCAAAAAGCUAUGCAACAAGCUCUAGUGAAAAAGAAAGUCUUAAAUCCUACGACUCUAGCGAAAAGGAUCCCUAUUUCCUUGUUCGUUCUCCUGCAUAUUUUGAUUCUUAUGACACGAAUUAUUUGUCUCAGUUAUUGGAUGAUCUUUCCAUAAUUGAUGAAGUAUACCAGGCCUUCAACGACGAAACAGAUACUGGGCCUUAUGAGACGCAAUUUGUGAAUGCAGCAAAGAACGUGGCACAAAAACAAUUUAUCAUUCAACAAAUGUGUCUCACCGAAGAUAAAUAUAUCAUCGAUUUAGAGAACUUUCUAUUUUAUUAUCUCGAACCUAUAGAGCAUUGGAUCUGCGAAUCAUCACAAAACCACGAUAUUUUCCACAAGUAUUCAGAUGUUUGCUCCAAGCAGUCCCUCAUUGAUCAGUUUGAAAUAACAAAAGACAUCACAAAGGCACAAGAAGUAUUUUACCGCGGAUCAAAAGAGAGGCUUGAAAUGUGGGGCCCAACGCAGUUUAUUUCUGAUAUUUUUGCAGAAUUUUACGACAAAUUGUCUGCCUAUAGACGAUAUGUCGACAAUUUCCCUAGUGUAAUAUUAACUUUAGAUAUUUUAUAUAAAAGAUCUACAUCUUUUUGUAAAAUGAUAGAUGAAUGCGCGUCAAAAACUCAAUCAACCAAUCUGAAGGACUUCUUCACCUACCUUAAACUUCCUAUGCAAAAGUUCUCUCAAUACGAACCGUAUAUAAACCAACUUGUUCAAGCAACAGAAGCUGCGCAUCCAGAUUACAGAUCUUUAGUGAAGAUACAGGAAAAAUAUACCGAGAUCGUGAAGCAGAUGGAACAAGCUAUCGCAGAUAGAAUAAGUCAUCUUCGUGUUCUAGAAGUAUCUCGGUUCAUCCACGAUGUUCCUAUUCAUGUGUCACCUACGCGUCGAUUGUAUAUUUCUGGCCUGCUCACGAAAGUGGAUCAGUCAAAUCCACAUUCUUUAACAGACACAAGAACUUAUUUUUUAUACAGUGAUGCUCUCAUUUAUUGUCAAAAGAUCAAAGUAACCAGUCAUCAGGAUGCAAUUACGACAACUUCUCCAACAAAAUUGCAUUAUAAAGGGUCGAUUCGUUUGAAAAAGGCAGAGAUAAUGCCACUAUCACCUAAGACUGUAGCAAAGAUAACCUCAGAGGUUAAGAAGCCAUUCGCAUUCAGGAUACGCAAAGCAUCAUUAGAGACAAAACCAACAUCAGAGCAACGACAAAAUAGUAUUGCUGCAACCACACCAACAGUAUAUGGAUUUGAAAUUUGCACUUGUGAAUAUUUUGUAGAAGGCGGUGGUGCAGGCUUGUGGAGCGACAACACUAUUGCCCUUCACCACAAUGGUAGUGGGAGCACUAAGCGAGUAUAUACAAUGAGAACACGAACUGAAGCAGAGCAAAACGCAUGGAUUGGCUUAUUAAGGAGAACUAUAAACAAUCUCAGCAUCAAAAAAUAG